AUAAUAAAUAUUUCCUCCUUUCGACAUAGGAAACAUUCAUGUUGUUUGCAGAUUGCAGCACUUCUCGUACACGCGCUAUCACUAUCAGGUAGUAAAACUAGGUGCACGUUUUGUCAACAUCAAUGAAACAUAACCUCGACGGCAGAAAUGAGCCGGUUUAAUUUUCGCAUUAAAAUCGAUUUGUGCAAAUACUACAAUGAUGUGCGUCGUUAUUGUUGGAUUUUCAUCGAUGGUACAAAAAUGUUGCAAAUCGCUCACCUAAUGGAGCACAUCACGAAACUGUUUAGCAUUAAAGAACCAUUCCACUUGUUAUUGAAUGAAACUGAUUAUUUACCACCUAAUGAAGAUAUAAGAAUACUGAAGGAGAACGAAACGAUACUGGUCUCUCCUGGAUCUGGAUUGAACAAUGAUACAACUAUAAAUAAUGUAAUCUUAUCAGAGUCUAGGUACAGGCAAGAGGUAGAAAAUACUCCUGUGAAGCAAGAGAGAAUCGGUAACUCUGUUCAACACAAACAAAUGCAAACUAAUUUUCCUAUAGCUGUGUCAAGUCCAGCUCGAGAGACUUUACCUACUGAUACCGCAAACAAAUCAGGAAAUGGUUAG